UCGACCUCCAGCCUGAGUCCCAAUUCCGCUCUUACUUCGCCUGCUCUGGCUGCCAUGCUCGACAUCACGCCUUUGCCCUCGCCCAUCAUGCUCAACGACCCCAAUUCACCCGGCCCAUGGACCCGGAUACGAAGCGCCCACUUUGACCACAACACAACCAUGAGACCGCCCUCGAGACUCGCCUCCUCUCCUCCCACCACGAGUUCGUUAUCCUCAAUGUCUGCACCCCCCGCUUCACCGCACAAGAAAAAGAAGGGAUAUGGGAGUCUGGUUCACGCCGCUAUCGAGGCUCAGACGACGCCAAAGGUCGACCUGGUUAUGCGUAAACAGCACAGUCGCAAUCGCAGCAUCAGCGAUUUCGUCCCCGAAGCCAUGCACAACGUAAGGCCGAGAAACGUCACCGUUGGGCCGGCGGGCUUGCACAUCACGACUACGCCGCCCAACGAGCAGCCAAUGCAGAGAGAGCAUUAUCUCGCACAGCAGCGUGGUUAUGUCCUACCAUCACCACCUCCUUCGGCCAAAGACUCGAUGGAUGUGGGGGAAGACGAAGACACAGAUAUGCAGAGUGUAGGUGGGGCAGAGGAUUCGGAUGUCGAGUACUUUACCGUCCGAUCUGCACACGAGGACUACAAGCGGAAAUGGCGUUCAGUACGGACUCUUGGUCAGGGCACUUUCAGCAAGGUUGUGCUUGCUACAUCACAACAACUACCGUCGGGAUCUUCCUACGACGAGAAGCAUCUGGAUCCACGGAAACUGGUCGCUGUUAAGAUUGUCGAACACGGUCCAGCUGGAGGCGCUGACGAAGAGCGUAUCGAAGUAUCCUUGAAGCGAGAAGUCGACAUUCUCAAGAGUGUCUCACAUCCAUCGAUUGUGCAGCUCAAGGCACUCGAGUAUACUGAUGAGCGAGCCCUACUGGUCUUGAGUUAUUGCCCAGGAGGUGACUUGUUCGAACUAGCGAGUGAGCAUCGCAGCAUUCUACAGCCCAAUAUGGUCCAACGCAUGUUUGCCGAGCUGGUAGGUGCCGUGCGCUACUUGCACCAGAAUUAUAUCGUCCACCGAGAUAUCAAGCUUGAGAACGUCUUGGUCGUGCCCGCCUACGAGGCCCUCUCGAAACUCGACAACCCUCAAACGCAUCCCUACCCAUUAAUCUGCCUCACCGACCUCGGACUCUCCCGCCGCAUUCCCGCACCGCCAGCUUCACCACUCCUCACGACCCGCUGCGGCAGCGAAGACUACGCGGCUCCCGAAAUCUUGCUUGGCCAACCCUACGACGGCCGCAGCACAGACGGCUGGGCCCUAGGCGUCCUCCUCUACGCCCUCAUGGAAGGCCGCCUACCCUUUGACUGCCCACCUGGCAAACCAGAGCGAUCGCGACCAUCCCACCGUAUAGCACGAGCAGACUGGAUGUGGUGCAAGUUUGGUGAUGAAGAUGGAGAGUGGGAUGAUAAGAGAAAUGACACAAAAGAGUUCAAGGGGUGGGAGGGAGCGAAGGGCGUUGUUGAGGGUUUGCUCAAGAAGGUCAGGAUGGGGAGGAAGGGAUUGGGGGAUAUUGAGGAGAUGGAGUGGGUUAAGCAAGGCAUGCAGGUCGAGGGCGGGUUAAAGGCU